GUUAAACGUCAAGUCAAACGGUGGAAGCAACGGUAAAAAAUUUUGCGAGAAGAUUGUGAUACGCAGUAAAUUUUUAUUGCAUUGCAUUAUAGUUUAACCUAACAAUUUGUGCAGAAAAAUGAAAGUCCCCAAAUAUCCCAAUGAGAAUAAUGUGGAUAACGUGCGUCGAAUGCGCAUGAAACCGCUAGCCACAAUUAAUAAUAUGCGGUAUCCCGAAGCCACUUCAGCAGAAAGUUAUAAAGUCAUUGUGAAGUCGGAGACGCGCGACAAACGAACACUGAUGGCUGCCGAAUUCAGGGACGUUCUCAACCUAAUUCAUGUACGUGAAAGUGCCCAAAAAAAGAGUGGCGCAAGUGUUACCGGCUGGUAUACGGUAACAAUUAAAAAUUGUAGUGGUGUCAGCAACGAGGCAAUAAUGUUGGCAUUGAAUUACGUGCUCGUUCCAGUAGCAGUCAAUCCCUACAAUUUCAAGCGAGCAUCUACACAGGAUGGCGACUGUGUUCAAUUUGUUGUCGACAACACGCUCAUGGCCAAUCGACUCAAGCGUUUAAAAACGGCAGUUGCCGUAUUGUAUACUUGCCAACCCCUUGACAUCCACGUCGCUGUUGGGUUACCAGUUAACGUCAAGUCGCCGAUAUUUUCGCCUUCACUACUGGAUGCGUUGAAAGUUACUCUGCAUGGACGUUAUAAUGCUCAGACCAAAACAUUGAAUUUAUCGUGCUUUCACGCAGCCGCCGAGCUUAGGGAGAAGUUUCUUGCACUCAGCGUGACCCCUGUGCUGGAGCGUGUAUUGCAACUUUUGUCGCUAGAGUUUCCCGAGUUGGUCGAACUCAACCUCAGUGACAAUUUUUUGGAAACGUUGCGUGCUUUUGACGCAAUGGCUACCAAGUUACCGUCCACCUUGCAACAGCUUGAUUUUACAAACAAUCGCAUUGAGAAGUUAUCGGACCUUAUAUAUGUACGGGACUUACGCCUAAAGUCUCUACGGCUGUUCGGGAAUCGCGUAGCAAAAUCAAAAUUGAGAGAGCUACACUCACUGUUGCCAAACGUGCAUAUGAUCGAUGGUAUUGAGGCGGACUCGCUGUGCGUGGACCCCAAACCAACAUUCUCGCUAACACCCAAUAUCGUUAGUCUUGCCAAGCAAUUUGUCAACUCAUUUUACACUUUGUAUGAUAAUAUACAGUGUCGUCUCAAACUGACACAGUACUAUGACAAGCGGGUCAUAUUCUCAAUGACAACGUCGCCGGAUGUAUUAUCGGAUGUUAGCGUUUAUCGAAUGUAUGAUCGCAAUCUUUUGCGCUUACAGUCGCCGAUGUCGCGCCAAAUGAAGUUGGUGGAAAGUUCCUUCCAAUUGGUGCGUGCAUUAGGUUGUUUGCCCGAAACAAAGCAUAAUAGUAACGGAAUUUGCUUGGACGUUAUGCACAACGAUCGGAAGAGUUGCAUUAUUACGAUCUCUGGGACAUUUAUGGAACGGCAGGUGAACGCACAGUACUGGAAAGAACGUAGCUUUCAGCGUACGUUUGUAAUUCAGAAAUCAGGAAACAAUUGGUUAAUUAUAAAUGAUAUGCUGACCAUAAAUUCAAAAACGAAAGGCAACGGAGCCCCACAUUCGAAACUUUUGGGCUAUGAUGAGUUACUUUUGAAUACAAGUGCACUUGAUAUUGCAGAUGGUACACCAUUUGAUAAGGAUAUAAACAGUAACAAUAAAAUAAUGAAAAUAGGCGAACAAAUAUCUUCAGAACAACAGGCAGUCGGUGGAUCUGCUGCCGUCGAACAAGCCCCAAUACGGUUAAAACAGGUAGUACAAGUCGCUGUUGAGCCCAAACCGACUGUUCUGGUGACACCCACUCCGCCUAUAUCCCCUCAAGCAAUAGAAAAUGUAAUGCCGCCGCUGAUUCCAGUUGUGCGACACGAUUUUGAUGAUCUAAUAGAUGAAGAUGAACUAUUAGGAGGGAUUGAGUCGGAUGGUGCUUUAUGCAUUGAUGAAGACUAUGAAGAUAUAGAUUUACUAUAGAUAAACCUCAAAUAUAAAUUAUUCUUAUACGCACAACUACACGCACCCACACAAACUCUACAAUACAAUAAGCCAUAAUUAAGCCACAUAAAAACACUAGUUCAUGAACAAUUUAAUGCUAAUGAAAUAUGUAUAUUUGCCAUUUUUAAUUC